UUCCUCCUCCACCUUCCUAAUCUUAUCUAUAACUUCUUCACUUGAUACCAAAAGCAAAAGCAAACCAGAAAGAAAAAAUCAUUUAUUUUGUUACAAAGCACAAAAAGAGCUGAGCGACCACUAAAGAAAAAAAAAAAAACAGAGCAAAAAAAAAUGGGGAAACACUUAUUCCGAUCAUCUCCACCGCCUGAGAAACAAACAGCUCAUCUCACCCUCGCGGAAUCAGCUGUACAAGAGUGUAUGAGCAGCAUCAACGCCGUCAUAUCAAAAUGGACUACUCCUUCUCCUUCUCCCACCUCCUCAUCCGAAGAAGAGUUCCUCUUUUCAACCAACAGCCGCCGCGAAGCAGAGGAGUUCGUUGAAGCCGUCAGACAUUUACAGAGCACGAUGCACCGUUUGGUUUCCGUUAACCCUUCAUCCGAUAAGCUAAUCUACGCUCAGAACCUCAUGCAAUCUGCUAUGAAGCUUCUCGAAUCAGAGUUCUACCGUGUCUUGAAAGCAAACCGCGAGUACCUAGACCCUGAAUGCGUCUCCGUUCGUUCUUGCAAAUCUUCAAGAUUCACCACUUCGACUACGGUCAGUGUCUCCGACUCGGAAGACGAAAACACUUACGAAGAAAACGCAGAGGAAGAGCAUAGAUUCUCCGGCGGAGAUGCUGACGCAAUGGAUGAUCUCAAGAUGAUUGCUGACUGUAUGAUCUCGACCGGUUACGCUAAAGAAUGCGUUAGGGUUUACAAAACAGUACGUAGAUCGAUCGUUGAUGAGACUCUGUAUAACCUAGGGAUGGAGAGGUUCACUCUUCACCAGAUUCAGAAGAUGGAAUGGGAGGUUCUUGAAUCCAAGAUCAAGACUUGGUUAAAAGCUGUCAAGUUAGCUGUUCGAUCUCUCUUCUUCGGUGAGAGGAUCUUAGCUGAUCAUGUCUUCUCAUCCUCUGGUCCGAUCGUUGAGUCUUCCUUCACUGAGAUCACUCAAGAAGGAGCUUUGAUUCUAUUCACGUUCCCGGAGUACGCUGCCAAGAUCAAGAAACUAACUCCGGAGAAAAUGUUUAGGUUUCUUGAUAUGUACGAAGCUCUCGCGAACCUCUUCGUUGAGAUCGAGUCAAUCUUUUACUUCGAGUCAGGCGCGCCGGUUAGAUCUCAGGUGAUCAACUCGUUAGCUAGACUCGGUGACGCGGCGAGGUCGAUGAUGAACGAUUUCGAAUCCGCGAUUCAGAAAGAGACCUCGAAAACUAUGGUCAUCGGCGGCGGUGUUCAUCCUCUGACUCGUUACGUUAUGAACUACCUCUCUUUCCUCGCCGACUACGACGAGUCAAUCGCCGCGAUUUUCGAAAACUGGCAGCCGACGGUUCCAGCUCCGUUGCCGGAUUCUUUAUACAUCAGCGGCGGAGACGAAGCUAAUCCGGCGGAUUUGUACUCUUCUACGGUGUCAGUACGGAUCGCGUGGGUGAUUUUGCUCACGCUUUGUAAAAUCGACGGUAAAGCUCAGCCGUACAAGGACGUCGCUCUGGCUUAUCUCUUCCUCGCGAACAAUCUCCAAUACGUCGUCGUUAAGGUCCGGUCGUCGAAUCUGAAGCUUCUUCUCGGAGACGAUUGGGUGGUGAAGCACGAGGCGAAGGUGAAGCUGUACGCUGAUAAGUUCGAGAAGCUGGCGUGGGGGAAAGUGCUGGAUUUGGUACCGGAGAAUCCCAAGGAGGAGAUGUCGCCGGAGGAGGCUAAGGAUUUGGUGGGUAGGUUUAACGAUGAGUUCGAGACGUCGUACCGGAAACAGACUUCUUGGGUUAUACCCGACCCGAAACUAAGGGACCAGAUUAAAAUCUCGGUUAGCCAGAAACUUACGCUGGGUUGUACCGAGUUUCAUCGGUUGAACCGGUCCGGUUUGGUUGGUGCUAACGAGGCUGUUCUCAGAUAUACCCCUGAGGAUAUUGGGAAUUACUUGUCGGAUCUUUACUUUGGGUCUAGAGGCUCAGGGAGUGUUUCGACAAACGGAUCCGGGUCUGGGUCUGGAUCCGGAACCGGUUCGUCGACUACGGGUAUAUCUCGUGGUGGUGGACGUAGUAGUCAUUGAGAUAUUUUUUGCUUAUUUUUUAUUAUUAGCUUUCCUUUUCUUUUUUUUUUAUAAAAAAAGAAAAGAAGACAUUAAAAAUUUGUGUGGUUGGUUACAGUGAUGUAAGAUCGUAUUCGUAUCGAAUCUCGUUAUUGAGGUUACGUGUGAGUACAUAUGUUAAAUUAUUGAAUUCUCCUGUUUUAAUCUUAAUUCAUUCUAUUCUUUGU